AUGUCUUUUUAUAUAAUAUUAUUGGUCUUGUUUGCUAUUGCAUUUAAAAUAGAUGCAGCCUUUACAAAUUUACAAACUUUACCUGCAUCUAUGAGUGACAAAGAUUUAACAGUCUGCCAGAAAAAUGAACCUUAUCAUUGUGCAUUAAUUUCUCUUAGCAAUUCACCACAAUUUAUAGAUCCAACAAUUCUAAUUCAAAUUGGUGAAUGCAAUAAUAAAGAGAGUAAUAUUGAAAUGAAUAAAAUUGAAGUAGUGAAAAGUCAUACACCAGAUUUUUUAAAUAAAGAUGAGUAUCGUCCGUUUUGGAUAAAAUGGAGUCUUCAGGGUAAAAUUAUGGUAGGCAAAGGAAAUGAUAUUAUACCAUUUUUAGUUUAUCAGCACACAGAACAAAUAUUUCCAAUAAAUUUUAUUGGAUUAAGAACAAGAUGGAGUGACGGAUAUUGGAUUAUUAAUGAAGGUAAUGCUUGUCAUGAUGAUGGUUGUUAA